AUGGCGGACGCAGAGGCAGCCGAGCGAGCCGCAAAGGCCGCUCGCGCCAGAGCCAAACUCAAGAAGCAUCAAGCGCAGAAGAAAGCAGCCGCAGAAGCUGAGGCAGAAGGGAGUGCCACUCCUCCUGCCGACAAAGAAGCCGUCGAACCAGAGCCAGCCGCCGAUACGGCCAUCUCGAUACCGAAGGCGGCGGCGGCUGCUGCACCUUCGCAAGCUGAAGCGACAGAGUCGUCUGAGAGCAAGCUGAACAAUGGUGUGAAGGCCGCCGGGGUCUCUGAUCACAGUGCUGAGCUGAACGAGGCUCAGCGCAGGAUCGAAUCGCUCUCUGCCCAGCUCGAAAGCACACAAGAAGAUCUCAAGAAGGCGACAGAGCAGGCUUCAACCCUUGACAGCCAGCUGAAGCAGCACAAAGAAGAGGCCAAGUCUUCGGCAGCGGCCUCGGAGCAAGCGAGGAAGACAGCGACCGACAAGAUCGAGCAAGAUCUGAAGCAGCAGCAGGCAAAAGCAGCAGAGCUCGAGAAGGAGGUCGAGAAACAGCGGGACCUUCUGCAAUCUUCAGAGAAGGAGGCAGCUGCAUCGAAAAAGGCGAUCGCUGAUCUGGAAGCGUCGCAGAAGAAAGCCGCUGAUAGCACGAAGGCGCUCCAGGAUCGACUCAAAAGCAUCGAAUCCGACCAUCACAAGGCGCAGAAUCAGUCGUCAAAGCUCGAGACCAAACUAUCAGACCUUCAGAAGACGAGCGACAAGGCUUCUGCAGAUGCAAAAGAGACAGCCGCGAAACUCAGGGAGGCCGAAAGCAAGAUCAGGGAUGCCGAGGCGAAGAGCCUCUCAGAAGCCCAGAACGCGAAGCAGCUCGAGCAAGACAAGGCCGGUCUACAACGCAGCGUACAAGAGCAGACGAAGGAGGCAGAUGCGCUGCGCCAAGACCUCCAGAAGCGGCAAGCUGCGAUCCAGAAUCUCGAAAAGAAGCUCGCCGAUCCGUCGAAAGCCAACCAGAUUCAGUCGCUGAACAAGCAGGUGGCCGAGGCCAAGGAGAAGAUCUCGAGCCUCGAGACCGACCUGCACGGCAAAGAUCAGAGUCUCAAAAGCUCGGCCGCUGGCAGCGAGAAGCUGACGGCGCAAGUCAAAAAGCUCGAGGAAGAUGCCAAGACGACAUCAAUGACUCUCGCCACUCUCGAGGGCAAGCUUGCCGAAUCCACAGCCCGUGAAGCCAAGAUCAAGUCCACUUUGCAACAGAGCGAGGACAAGAACGCGGACCUCGAAACAUCGCGAGACGAGCUGGAGAAGAAGCACGCCAAAGCCGAAGCCGACAUUCAAAGCUGGACGAAGAAGGCAGAAGCGCAUGCCGAAUCGCUCGCAAAGAGCGAAAAGCAAGCGACCGCCGUCCGAGGUCGUGCUGACGCGGCCGAGACGGAGGUCUCUGCGUUGCGAAAGGAAAAGGAUCAGCUCACUGCUUCGGUCUCUGAGGUCAAGAAGCAAUUUGACUCGCUCACGCAGGAGAACAAGAGACUCGAGCAAGCCAAGGAAGAUGCGCUGAGCACCUCCCAGCAGUCGGACAAGGAGAAGGCGACCGAGAUCAUAGAUCUCAAGAGCAAAGUGCAGCAGCUCGAGGACCAAGCCAAGAAGGACAGCAAGGCGGCAUCGCAGCUCUUAGAGGACGCCAAGUCGCAAGCAAGCAAAUCUGCGAAAGAGGUUCAGGAUCUCACUGCUUCGCUCAAGGCGUCGCAAGACAAGGUGAAGGAUGCCGAGAGUCAGCUCGGAGAGCGCGACAGCACCUUGUCCGCCGCAAAGGAGCAGCAGAAGUCGACGGAGCGAGAUCUCGUCACGGCUUCAGCAGAAGCGCAGAAGGUCACCAAAGAGCUCGAGUCCAUCAAGCUGCAGCUUUCGACGUCCGAGAAGCAACGCACAGAGUCUGCAGACACGAUCACGGAUCUGAAGGAACAACUCAGCAAGUCGCAGAGCAACCACAAGGACCUCUCCGCGUCAUCGGACAAGGUGCAGAAAGAGCUGGCAGCGUCGAAGAACGAGGUGUCCACCUUGCAAACCAAGGAGAAGGAGCUGCUCGCAAAGCACAAAGAGCUCGAAAGCGUCAACUCGAUGAUUCUCGAAGACCUGGCUAUCUUGCGGUCCGAGAUUGCUACGCACAAGACUGGCAAUGCCGCCACUUCGAAGGAGCUCGCUUCGAUCACCUCGAAACACGAUCAGGCUCAGCGCGAUUUGCAGCAAGCGCAGAAGGAUCUGCAAGGGGCACACACCACCAGGGCUGAGCACGAGAAGUCAAUAGCGGACCUGACGUCGCAGCUCAGCACGUCUAAGGGCGAGAGCGGCAAGGUGCAGGACGCAAUCAAGAGCUUGCAGGCCAAAUUCGAGGCGGAAGCCGAAGCGCGCAAGCAAUCUCAAGGAGAGGUGGAGCAGACUCGGGCGGAGCUUGCUGAGGCUGUCAAGCGGGGUGAUGAGCUGGACACGCGACUCCGCUCACUCACAUCUGAGCUGGACGAGUCCAGAGCCGAUCACCAGAAAGCGGCGUUCACUGCGUCGGAUCGACAGAAAGAUCUCGACUCUGUGAAGAGCCAGGCUGCAAAGACCAGUGCAGAGCUCAAAGACGUCAAGGCCGCCCUCGCUCAAUCUGAGAGCGCUCUCAAGACGCUCGAGGCUGAGAAGCAGGAAGCCAACAAAGCUAUCUCGACCCUCCGCGAAGAGCAAUCAGCGUCCGAGGAGAAGGUGAAGAGCCUGACCGCUGACCUGGAUCAAGCGAGAAGCGAUCACGGCGACGCCGUGGGCGAGUCGCAGAAGCAUCAAGCUGCUUCGGCACAAAAGGACAAGGAGCUUUCACAAAGCAGCGAGAGAAUCGCAGCGCAUGAGGCGACCAUCGCUGCACUCCAAGACAAGCAUAGCGGUCUCGAGAGAUCCGCAGCUCAGCUCGCUGAGGCCAAAGCUUCGCUCGGACAUGACCUCGAGGCGUCUCAGUCGGAAGCGCAGGCUCACAAAGCAUCCGCAGAAGCCAAAGCCAAAGACAUCGAGGAUCUCGAAGCCAGACUGUCGACCUCCGAGACAAGCCUCACCAAGACUUCGGAAGAAUUGGCUGCUGCCAAGUCACGCGGCGACGAGCUUGAAGCCAAAGUCCAGGCCACAUCCAAGGACCUCAAAUCGUCGCGAUUGGAGUCGAAGGCCCACAACAAGUCUUCCGAGCAGAAAGCGGAGCAGAUCAAGGUGCUUGAAGCGAGGAUAGCCGACACGGACGCGAAGCUAGCCGAAUCAACGGAUCGAGUUGCCGCCGCCGACGCGCAAAUCAGGACGCUCGAGGGCAAAGUGGUAGAUGGCGACGCCAAGCUCGCCCGUUCCGUUGACGAAGUGACUGCUGCCAAGGAGCAGAUCACGACGCUCCAAGCCGCGAUCGCUGAUAGCGAGGCAAAGCUCGCCAAGUCUGCUGACGAUGUCGCCUCUGCGAACGCACGGAUUGAGGCGUUGGAAGCCAAGAUCGCUGAUGGCGACUCGAAGCUCGCUAAAUCUGUCGGAGAAGCGUCUGCGACCAAGGAGCAAAUCACGCAGCUCCGAGCCGACCUUCUUAGCACCGCAGAGGAGCUCAAGGCGUUCAAAGCUGAAGCCACCGCCAACCAAGCAUCUGCCGACGCAAAGGCGAAAGACCUCGAUGCGCUUCAGUCCAAGCUUCAGCAGUCGGAAAAGAAGUCAGCAGAACUCAACGACGAGCUGGCCACCACUCAGGCCCGCGCCAAGGAUAUCGAGAGCGAGCUUCAGUCGACGAGCAAGCAGCUCGAAGACAUGAGCUUGGAAGCGGACGAGCACAGGUCCAAAGCAGAACAACUUGCAAGCCAUCUCGAGACGGCUCGGGCGCAACACUCUGAGCUCGAGCAAAAGCUGAAGGAGGCCGCUACGGCGCAUGCGGAUAUUUCGAGCUUGUACGAGCAGAAGACCGCCGACCACGAGGCCGCCGAAGCUGAGCUGGAGAAGCAGCGUGCUCUCCUCAGCGAGAAGUCUAAGCACCACGAGGAGGCUCGCGCCGAAGCGAUUGACUUGUCACGGAAGCUCAAGGAGCUGCAGAGCAACCAUGACGAUGCCACGCAGAAUCUGCAAGACGUCCAAGAUAAGCUCGAGGAAGCCAAUGCUGCGCAUGCCGACCUGACGAAACUUCACGAGCAGAAGACGGCGGAUCACGAGGCUGCGGAGGCCGAGCUCGAGAAGCAGCGUGCCUUGGUCAGCGAGAAGACUUCCGCCCACGAGCAGGCUCGAGCGGAAGCCGUCGAUCUCUCGCAGAAGCUUGAGCAGCUGCAUGGAGAGCACGACAACGUCAUCCAGAACCUGCGCGACGUUGAGAUCAAGCUCAAGGACGCCCACGCGGCCCACGUAGACCUGUCAGAACUCCACAAACAAAAGACUGCAGACCACGAAGCCGCAGAGGCUGAGAUCGAGAAGCAGCGCUCGCUGGUUGAACAAACCUCGAACGAGCGCCAGCAGGCCCGAGUUGAAGCGACCGACCUGUCUCAGAAGCUGGGAGAUUUGCAAGCUUCUCACACAGAGGUCCAACAGAACCUGCAAGACGUCGAAGGGCGGCAUCAGGUGCUUAUCGCUCAGCACGAGGAGCAGCAUGAGGCUGCGGAAGCGCAGUCACAAGAGCUCCAGGCGGAGAAGGCAAAAACUGCGGAUCUCGAGUCCAGACUGUCCGAAUCUAUCGCCGCGCACGACAAGACGACCUCGGAGCUUAGGGUCGAGACCGAGAAGGUACGCGACUUGGAGAGCAGGCUCGGUUCAGCAAAUGAAGAGAUCGAGAAGCUCAACAAGCAGGUCGCUGCGAGCAACGAGGAUAUCAGCGCCAAAGUUGACAGCAUUCGUGACCUGGAGAAGAAGCUCUCUACGGCACACGAAGAGAUCACGGAGCGCAACGAGCAGGUCACUGCCGGCGAUACGAGCCUCAAGGCCAAGCAAGAACAGAUCGAGUCGCUUGAGCAGCAGGCGCAAGAGCGUGCCUCGAAGAUCCAGGCUCUCGAGAAGGACUUGGCUGCAGCGCAGAAGUCGUCCAGAGAUGCCAACCUCAAGCACAAGGCUGCGGUGACGGCAGCAUCAAAGCAGCUGGAGGCGCUGAAGGCAGAGCACGAGAAGGCCAGGGCUGAGCACGCAGAUGCUCUCGCCCAAGCGACCGAGGAGCACGAAGCUGCGGCCAAGACUGCCGCUGAAGAGCUUGAUGGCAUCAAGACAGAGUUGGAACAGGCUCGGGCUGAUCAUGCCGCAGCGAUUGCGAAAGCAGAGGAGGAGCAUCAAGCCGCUGCUGAGGCAGCUGCGAAGGAGCUUGAAGACCUCAAGGCUGACCACGCGGCCGCGCUAGCAGAGGCAUCCGAAGAGCAUGCAGCUGAAAUCGAGGCUGCAGUGGACGAGCUCGAAGAGGCGAAAGCAGACCACGCCAAGGCACUCGCUACAGCGUUGCAAGAGCACCAGGCUGCGAUCGACGCUGCGUCCAAAGAGCUCGACGAUACGAAGUCUCAGCAUGCAGACGAACUCACCAAGGCAAUGGAAGAGCACGAAGCUACGAAGGAAGCCGCGUCGAGAGAGCUCGGACGGACGAAAGCCAGUCACGCUGCUGCGCUGACCAAAGCGUCCGAAGAGCACGAGACAGCCACGCAGGCUGCAGCAAAACAGCUGCAGGAGCUGCAGGACGAACACGCUCGCGCACUCUCACAAUUGUCCGACGAAAAGGAAAGUGCAGCUGCGGCUGCUGACAAGCAGAUCCAGACGCUCCAAUCGGAGCUCGAGAAGGCCCAAGCGGAACUUGCACAGGCCUCAGCUGCCGCUACACAGCAGAUAGAAGGUUUGCAAGCGGAUUUGUCGAACCUCGAAGCGGACCACGAGAAGGCUACGGCAGAGUAUGCUGAGUCGAGUGCACUCGCAUCGAAUAAGCUCGAGGAUCUUCAAGCCGAGUUCGCCGCGGCCAAGCAAGAGCACGCAGAAGCCACAGCCCGAGCUGCUGACGAGCAUCAGAGGUCUACAGCUGCCGCAUCGGAGAAGUUCGAGGCUCUCCAGAUACAGCACGAGGAGACCAAGGCGAAGCACGCUGAUGCGAUGCAGACAGCUUCCAAGCAGCUUCAAGAGCUCCAGGUCCUGCACGACAGUACGAAGGACGAGCACUCCUCAGCGAUGCAAGCAGCCAACAAGCGAUUCGAGCAGCUAGCAGCGGCACACGAGACGAGCAAGGAGGAGCACCGAGCUGUGUCCGACCAGCUCACCUCCGAACGAAUCAAGCUCAACGACGAGCUUGCGACCCUGCGCAGGGAGCACGACGAGGCCCUCACUUCCCAUCGCACAGCAAUGGACGACGCGAAAAGCAGGUUCACCCAAGCGACUCAAGAUCACGCCUCGGCAGACGAAGCACGGCUACAGGAAAUCGCUGCGCUCAAAGCCUCACUCGAUAAGGCGCAGAAGCAGCGCGACCAGCAGAUGGCAGCUCACACGACCGAGAUGCUGGACCUGAGCAAAGGGCUGGAGCAAGUGUGGGGCAAGAUCCGUGACAAGGAGGCGGAGCUCGCGGAGCGCGACGAGGAGCUCGCUAUUGUCCGCAGCAAGCUCGGCAGCACCGAGCAGGAUCUCCAGAAGCGGACCGAGGCGGCCGAGGCUGUCAAGAAGCAGCUCGAGCAGGUUAAGGGGGAUCUCGCUGCGCGCGAAAAGGACCUCUCUGCAAGAGAAAGCGACAUCGCCUCGCGAGAUGAACAGAUCAAGGCCUUGCAGAGCGAGCAUGCUGCCACGCUGAAAAGCAAGGACAAGGAGUUGCAAGCCUCUCGCGAUGAGCACGAGCGGACGCAGUCUGAGCUGGAAGCAGCCCGAAGAGCGACCGAUGACGCCAAAGGUGAAGUUACCUCUCGCGACCAGCAGAUCGAGGCUCUCACCAGCGACCAUGCAUCCGUGCUCGAGGCCAAGGACAAGGAUCUGGACCAAGCAACUGAAGAGAUCGAAGACAAGGUACGCGAGCUGGCUGCGCGCGAAGACCACAUCAGGUCGCUGACGGACGACCACGCGCUUGCUCUUCAGAGCAAGCAGCAGGAGCUCGACUCAGCGAACACUCAGAUCGAAGGCGUCACGCGCGACCUGGCUUCGCGGGACGAGCAGAUCCAGACGCUCCACGCGACCCACGCUUCCGCGCUCGAAGCCAAAUCUGCCGAGCUGCAGACGCUUCGCGACGAGCACGCCUCUGCUACGUCAAAGCAGACCGCUCAAGCCAAACGCGAUCUCGCUUCGCGCGAUUCGCAGCUCCAGACUCUGCGCGACGAGCACGCCUCGGCGCUCGAAUCGAAAGAAAAGCAGCUGGAGGAUCUGCGAGAUCAGCACAGGCAAGCGCUUUCCUCGGGCGACCUGUCGCGCAAGCAGAUCGAGCGGGUGAAGCGCGACUUAGCUUCGCGCGAUGAGGAGCUGGAGGUUCUACAUGUCGAUCAUGCGUCUGCGCUCGAUGCGAAGGAUAAACAGCUGCAGAUGCUGAAAAAGGAGCAUGACAAGGCGAUUGCAGGUGAACGGGCGAGAUUCGAAGCCGCCCUAGCCGAGGCGAAAGCAGAGCUCUCUGCGGUGCGGGACGAACUUGCGGUGGUCAAAGCAUCUCUCGACACGGGUGAGGACGAGAAAUCCGCCCGACUCGCCAAGCUGACCAGCGAAAUCAGUGGGUUGAAGAAGAAGCAUCUUACCGCAAAAUCGUCUGGCGAAGCGGCGAGGAAGGAAGUCGUCGAGCUGCGCGCCCAGCUGUCGUCCUUGCGCGAGAGCCAGUCUGGCCAGACGGAGUUGGAAGUGGAAGCGCUGCGGUCGGAGCUCGAGCUGAGCCGAUCGCGUGCGGUUGAAGCCGAAGCGCAACUGGCCGCAAAGGGGAGAUCGCAUAGCAGUGUCGAACUGGACGAUUUGGUGGCCACGCACGAGCUCGAGCUGAGCGCGUUGAGGACGAUGAUCCGGAAGUUGGAGGCGAGCGUGUUUGGCGAGACGGAGAAGGCGCAUCGCGCUACGCGACGGGUGAUUGAGUUGGAGGAGCGGUUGCGUACCACCUCCGCGCCUGCUGUCAACGGGGACGGGGAAGGGAAAGGCAAGGUAAGGAGUCAUAAGAGGAGCGCGACGCACGUGCCGGCCUUAUCGCCGCUCGCAGAACGGGAAGCCUUCGAGGUACCACCCCAACCCGAGGCGGACGCCCCAAGAAGAGGAAUCCGCACCGUCACAGCCGAAGAACUCCCCCUCCCCGCCGCACAGCGACACCGACGUAGAGAAAGCCUCCAGAUGCUAGCCGCCCGCAUCGAACCCACCCAACCGCAAGCAAGAGGUCACACAUCGGCAGGUUCAACGGGCGCAAACGCUCUGGCGCCGACAAAGGAGGGCAAGGUGGCAGGUCGCAAACAGGCCCAGUUCGCAAACGAUGAGCUGCUCUACUGCGCUUGUUGCAGGGACGAUCUCAUCAUCGUUUAG